UGAUGUCGGUGCUGCUGUGCUUCUCAGCAGCAGCUGUUGCUUUCUAUGUGAUAGUUUACUAUGUAGUUUUCAGAGGAGCGAGAUACUCAAGUUCUAUGAGGCUGGCGGGAAAGACCGCCAUUGUUACAGGAAGUAACACAGGUAUCGGUAGGACCACGGCUCUGGAUCUGGCCAAGAGAGGAGCCAGAGUGAUUCUAGCCUGCCGCAACAAGGAGAAAGCUGAAGCUGCUGCUUUUGACAUCCGCAGAGAGAGCGGGAACACUCAGGUGGUCUUCAUGCAGUUGGAUCUGGCAAGUUUCAAGUCUGUCCGAAGCUUUGCUGAAACCUUCCUGAAGACUGAACCCAGACUAGACCUCCUCAUCAACAACGCAGGUGUGAUGGGUCCUGGACGUACUGAGGAUGGUUUCGGCGUGGCGUUGGGGGUGAACCACCUGGGUCACUUCCUGCUCACCAACCUGCUCCUGGACCGACUGCAGCAGAGCGGCUCGGGGCGCGUGGUCACCGUGGCUGCACUCCUGCACCACCUCGGCAACAUCGACUUCCCUCUGCUGGCUUCCGACAAGGAUUUAGUGUCGGGCCAGUCGAGCUGGAGCAGCUUGAAGGCCUACUGCAACAGCAAGCUGUGUAACGUGCUCUUCACCAGAGAGCUGGCCAACAGGCUGGAGGGCACCAGUGUCACCUGCUACAGCCUCCACCCAGGAGUCAUCUACACAGAGCUGUGUCGCAGUAUGAGCCUGUGGCAGCAGCUCCUCAUGAUGCCCUUCGCCAAGCUCUUCUUCCUGGACCCUGACGGCGGGUGUCAGACCACCCUGCACUGCGCCCUACAGGAGGGCAUCGAGCCUCUCAGCGGACGCUACUUCUCUAACUGUGCGCUGCAGCAGGUGGCGGCCAAGGGACGAGACGACGCCGUGGCGAAGAAGCUGUGGGAAGUGAGCGAGAGGUUAACCGGUUUAUCAUGAGACACUCAAUCCAGGAGCUCCAAGGACUGUGUGACCGCUGUGUGCCUUCAUCAUAGACACUACAAGCCUUCUUACUGGUCUCUGUGUUCAUGUUUAAGAGCGGAUAUAUUACAUGAGGGGUGUGUGUGUCCAUUUUUUUUCCAUUUUUCCACAAGCAGAUGUCGUUAUUUCACUUCUCUGAAUGUUCUCCAGCUCUGAUUGUUAUCAGUUACACAUUCCAGUCAGGAUGUCACUCUAAAAGACAAAAAGUAGACACAAGUAUGAUUUUUGUGAUAAAGUACCAUGACCGGGUUUUAGAAAACCAGUAAUAUGAAAAAAAAAAAGUUAAUCCAAGAAAGGAAAAAUGCAGAAAAGUCAGUGAUCAUUUAGAUAUGGUUGAUAUGCUGAUGAGUUUCUUCACUUCCAGACAGGAUUACUGGAGGUUUUUUACACUCUGAUUGCAUCACUGCAGCUCAGGAUAACGUGCUGAUUAUAAAUUAUGACUCUAAGAGAUGAUAACUAAAUAUAAUAAAACCCAAGGUUGCCUUGUAGAAAUCUUAAAAAAAAUAGACAAAAAUUGGAAAUGUGCACAUCAUCUUGAUUAGUAAGUCAUGUAGAGGUGAGAAGAAACACUUUUUUUUGUUUCUGUUAUUUGAAUGAGCAGUAAUAUUACUAAUGAGUGAUGUUGGUUUGCAUGGUAGUAAGGGGAUCACAGAGAGAAACUAAUGAAUUAACCAUUUUAUGAACUGGUGGGCAUUAUGAAAUGAAUAAUAUCAUUCUUGAACGUUCUCAUAAUCUAUUUGUAUGGUGAGCACUAACAUGAUUCUCUGCUUUUCUCUGGUGGGAAGUGGUCUUCAUAUUCUACUGUUGGGAAAUGUUGAUGUUGUGUAUAUAAAAAAAAAGUGAUACAUUCUGUCAUAAUGUUACUUAUGGAUGGAAUUAUAGUGAAAAUAAAUUAUUCCCCUUUUUGCUGGGGACCCUCUGAAACCACUUGAAGGACCCCUGGGGGUCCCCGGACCCCACUUUGAGAACAAUUGGUGUAUGUUAUGGAGGGUGAGGGUUCACUACAGCUAAUUAUCAGUCAUAAAUCCCAGCUGUUAUAGUAAAUAUGUCACUAAAAUUAGCAAAAAUAGAAAGAGCAUCAAUAAAAAGAACAGGGAACAAUAAAUAAAAGUAAAAGUAAUGUUACAAGAGUGAAAUGGUGUCAUGUCAAUGAUAACAUACCUGAGUCUGA